AUGUCAGAUUUGGAGGAUGAUUUGUUGGCUUUGGCUGCAGGGGGAGGACCCUCUGAUUCGGAAAGCUCUGAAAUAGCGACCAAAAGAGGCUCUUCGGCGAAAGGGCCGUCAAAGAAGAGAAGAGUCAAUACUGGUGAUCUUGGAUCCGAAGAUGAAGGCGAGCAGUACAAGGGCGAAGAGGAAGCAGAAGGAGACGAUGACGAAGAAGAAGAAGAAGAACAAAAAGGAGAAGAAGAAGAAGAAGAAGAAGAAGAAGAUGAUGAUGAUGAAGUUAGUGAUGGUGAAGAGAUUGAUGACUAUGAGAAGGAGGAGGAGGAGGAGGAGAUUGUGAAUCCGUAUCCACUUGAAGGAAAGUUCAAGGAUGAAAUGGAUCGGGAUGAGCUUGAACGAAUGGAUGAAAUUGAAAGAGAACAAAUUCUAUUUGAAAGAGAGCAAGAAAUGGAUAAAUAUAAAGAGAGAAUAUAUUUACAACAAAGAAUGAAGCAACAAAGGGCGACUGACAUCUCGAAGCCUACAAGAACUAGUGCUAGACAGAAGACGAGUGGUAAAAGCUCUAAACAGGACAAAUUGAACGAACUUAAGAAACAAAGAGAGAAGAAAUCCCGAAAAAGAGAAAAAGAACAAUACGACGAGUACUCCGAAGAAGACAAUAAAAUGGAAGAUGAAGAAGAUGAAGAUCUAAUCGAUGACAACGAUGAUUAUGGCUAUGCUGAUAAUGAAGUCGUAUGGGGAGGGCCAUCUAAGAGUAAAGUUAAAAGAUCUUUUGAAAGGGCCACUUUAGAUGCUGUUAAUAAAGCAAGAGUAGGAAGGUCUAUUCUUCAUAAAUACUGCCUUUAUAGUGACUUCGCUGAGACAGUUACAGAUUGCUUUGCUAGGAUUAAUUUAGGCUUGGAUAAGAGAACUGGACUUCCGAUGUAUCGAAUGGUUAAGAUUAUUGAUGUGAAUUCUCAUAAAGAAAAACCGUAUCAAUUACCUGGUUUUAUGUGUGACAUAUAUUUACUUGUUAGCCAGAAUAGGAGUCAGAAAAAAGAAUUUCCAAUUAACAUUUUUAGUGAUUCCCCGAUAACAAAUGAUGAGUUUGAGAGAUAUAAAAAUGAACUUUCCAAAGCUGAUGAAGAAAUAGACUACCUUGAUGAUGUCACAGAUAAAUACGAACAAUUGCAACAUCUAACAAGCAGGGGUAUAAGUGAUAAAGACGUAAAUGAGAUGAUCGCAAAAAAGCAGCAAUUACACUCUAAUUUGAAUGGAUACAAUGCCGUUAUAUAUAAAGCAAGACUCAUGGACGAGCUUAAGAUUUACAGGCAAGAGAAUAAAAGGCAAAAAUUUGAAGAGGUAAGAGAGAAGUUAAGAGCUUUGGAUAAUGAUAUGAAUCAAGAAUCAGCUUCUCAUAAUAACUCUGAGUCUUUGAAUACGAUGUCGAAGGUGAAUGAGAGAAACAGAAAGUUAAACCAGACAAAUAUCAGAAAAGCAGAGAUCAAAAAUAGUGUUUUGAGGAAAACCGCUAAUGCGAACGACGAGGAUCCAUUCUUACGCCUCAAGACUUCCACUAGCGCUUAUUAUGAAGACAUUAUCAACGAGGAAAACGAAAAGGCCAUGCAAGAUGCGCGUUCCAACUAUCAAAGCAUGCUAGAAGAAAAGUCGAAGAACGAAGAGAAGAUCGCUAAAUCUACAUACAGAGAUCUUGGCGUAAUGGACGCUUUAAUUAAAAACGUGAACGUUGAAAUUAAGCUCGAUGUAUAG